AUGAGAACUGAUUUUUGGGAUGAUCUUUCAAGCGCAGAAAGCAUUGUUUUUGAAGAUAUCCCGUACAACGUGGGCUGCGAUGUGCUAAAAUGGAUGUACACGGAUGAACUGAACGGCCAGGCAGAUAUCCAUUAUUUAAUGGAAAUAUAUACAGCAGCGAUGAAGUUACAUCUUGUUGAUUUACAGAAAAAAUGUGAAUUGAUUCUCUAUGGGCGCAUCGAUGGGGACAAUUGUUUAUUGUUGUAUGAGUUUGCUGCUCGAAAUGAUCUGGAACGAUUACGAGAGGAAACCGGGAGAGUUGUAAAAGUACGAUGGAAGCAGUUUGAAGACGAUUUUGCUAAUUUACCCGCCCCAAUACUAUAUCGUCUCGUCAAAAGGUAA